GUGUGUAUUAAAAACGUAACGAUUCAUAUAUUCCAAGUACGGAAAAUACCUUAAUAAAAUCACACAAACCUUUUAUAUAUAUAACCUUUUCAUCACCACCAAAAUAAUUCAUUUCCAGCAAAUAUGGGCUUCACUUCAUUUCUAUGUAUCAUUUGCAUACUCAAUUUCAUUCAAUUUCUCAAAGCAGAAAAUCUUGAUGUAUACAUAGUCCAUGUUGAUCCUGCACAAUCCGACAAUCUCGAAACCUCGUACGAUUCAUUCAUGCCGACGACUACGAAUCUAGCAGCCAAUAGUAAUAAUAACCAGCCGAGGAUAUUGCACCGCUACCGGAAUGUGUUUUCGGGUUUCGCCGCGAAACUAUCAAUUGCUGACGUGGAAGCAAUGCGGCAGAUGGAGGGUUUCGUAUCGGCCCGGCCCGAAAAGGUGUUUCCUCUACACACAACGCACACCCCCAACUUCUUGGGGUUGAUCCAAAACUCGGGUUUCUGGAAAGAUUCGAAUUACGGAAAGGGCGUGAUCGUCGGCCUAUUGGACAGCGGAAUCUCGCCGGACCACCCGUCGUUCUCCGACGAAGGCAUGCCGCCGCCGCCUCCCAAAUGGAGAGGCGAAUGCCAGUUCGGUUCCAAGAACGCGUGCAACAACAAGCUCAUCGGCGCGAAGUACUUCACGAACGGAAACGCGACCACCCCGUUCGACGAAGAAGGCCACGGCACGCACACGGCCGCCACCGCUGCCGGAAGUUUCGUCGGCGGUGCGAACAUCUACGGUAACGCAGCCGGCACCGCCGCCGGCAUGGCCCCGCUCGCGCACGUGGCCAUGUACAGAGUUUGCAGCCCGUCCGGCUGCUCUGAGAGUGACAUCAUGGCUGGAAUGGACGCAGCCAUCGAAGAUGGCGUGGACGUAAUUUCGAUCUCCCUUGGAGGAGGUACUCCUACCGCUUUCGAUAAGGACAAUAUCGCCAUCGGCGCUUUCAGGGCAAUGGAGAAGGGAAUUCUAGUCAGCUGUUCCGCGGGAAACAACGGUCCCGCGCUCGUGUCGUUAUCCAAUGAAGCGCCUUGGAUUCUCACCGUAGGCGCUAGCACGAUCGAUCGGAAGAUAAAAGCGACAGCUGUCCUCGGAAACAACGAGGAAUACGACGGCGAAACGGCUUUCCAGCCGAACGAUUUCCCCUCCGCCACAAAGUUAGGCCUCGUUUUUCCCGGUCAAAUUUCAAAUAUGUCUUUGUACUGCGGUGAGGGCGCAUUGGACGAAAACGUCGUUAGAGGGAAGAUUGUUCUUUGCGAAAUAGGCGGAACGGGCACGCGAGUCGACAAAGGAAAAGCCGUAAAGAAUGCCGGUGGUGCUGCCAUGAUUCUAAUGAAUCAAGAAGCGCAAGGCGACACCACGAGAGCCGAAGCCCACGUUCUCCCCGCGAUCCACGUUAAUUACGGAGACGCCCUCAAAAUAAAAGCCUAUGUAAGUUCGAAUCCCAAUCCUAUAGCCACAAUUGUAUUUAAAGGAACUGUUAUAGGCGACGAUCGUGCUCCGGUAGUUGCUGCAUUUUCCUCCCGGGGGCCUAGCUUGUUGAGCCCGGGAAUUUUGAAGCCCGAUAUUAUUGGGCCAGGUGUUAACAUACUUGCCGCUUGGCCCGUUUCUGUCGAGAAUAAAACCGACACGAAGUCCACAUUCAACAUGGUUUCGGGUACGUCAAUGUCGUGCCCGCAUCUCAGUGGUGUUGCAGCAUUGCUGAAAAGCGCGCAUCCUGAUUGGUCGCCAGCUGUCAUAAAGUCCGCCAUUAUGACCACGGCCGAUCAAGUCAACCUCGGCGGAAAUCCAAUCGAGACGGAAGCUCUUAAACCGGCCGACGUGUUUGCUAUCGGUGCGGGCCAUGUUAACCCGUCGCGCGCGAACGAUCCGGGUUUGGUUUACGAUAUUCAGCCGCAUGAGUAUGUUUCGUAUUUGUGCGGAAUGAAUUUCACCGAGAGUCAAGUCGGUGUUAUCGCUCAGCGGAAAGUGGAUUGCUCGAAGGAAUCGAGGAUCGCCGAAUCGCAAUUGAAUUAUCCGUCGUUUUCGAUUGUUCUCGGAUCGACGCCUCAGACUUACACGAGGACGGUUACGAAUGUCGGCGAGUGCGAGUCGUCAUAUAAUGUCGAAAUCGGUUCUCCGGAAGGAGUUACCGUUGUUGUUGAACCGGUUAAACUCGAUUUUACGAAAUUGGGUCAGGCAUUGAGCUAUAAAGUUACGUUUACCCGAUCGGACGGUGGAACGUUGACGACCGAUGAUUACGUUCAGGGAUUUGUGACGUGGCAUUCUGGUAAAUAUUCUGUUAGGAAAAAUCUUGGUGUAUACAUAGUCCAUGUUGAACCGACACAAUCCGACGAUCUCGAAACGUUUUACAAUUCAUUCUUGCCGACGACUUCUAACGUAACCUCAAACAGUGAGGAUCAGCCGAGAAUAUUGUACCGAUACCGCCACGUGUUCUCGGGCUUCGCCGCCAAAUUAUCGGCCGCACAUGUCGAUGAAAUGCGGAAGAAGAAGGGUUUCAUCUCAGCCCGGCCCGAAAGGAUGAUGCAUCUGCACACCACUCAUUCUCCCAAUUUCUUGGGGUUGAACCAAAACACGGGCCUAUGGAAAAACUCGUCGUACGGCAAGGGAAUUAUCAUCGGUUUGGUGGACACCGGAAUCACGCCGGACCACCCCUCUUUGAACGAUCAAGGGGUGCCGCCGCCGCCUGCGAAAUGGAAGGGCAAAUGCGAGUUCACUUCCCCCCGAUGGACCUGCAACAACAAGCUGAUCGGAGCUAGGUACUUUUACCGCAGUCCUCCGUUGUUUGUGACACCACUGAUCGACCAAAUCGGCCACGGCACACACACCUCCGGAAUAGCCGCCGGAAAUUUCGUCGGUGGUGCCGAUUUCUACGGCAACGCCCGCGGCACGGCCUCCGGAACCGCGCCGCUCGCUCACGUGGCGAUAUACCAACCGUGCACGGGCUCCCACUGCGGCAGCAGUGGUAUAGCCGCCGCCAUUGAUGCCGCCAUCGAGGACGGCGUCGACGUGCUCUCGAUGUCCCUCGGCGGUGCAUUGCACUUACAUUUCGCCGAUGAUAUUAUGGCCAUCGGAACUUUCCGGGCCAUGGAGAGGGGAAUUGUCGUCAGUUGUUCCGCCGGAAACGACGGCCCAAAAAACAAGACUCUGUAUAACGAGGCCCCGUGGAUCAUGACUGUUGGGGCCAGCACUACUGACCGGAAGAUAACGGUCAACGCAGUCCUCGGAAACGGGGAGGAAUUAGAGGGCGAAACGGGUACCGGUUUCCCCUCCAUCGAAAAGUUAGACCUCGUUUACCCUCGAUCAAAUGAUACCGGAAUGUCACGUUGUUUUGACGGCCAUUUCAACACCGAUAUUAAAGGAAAGAUAGUUGUGUGCGAAGGUAUGAAGUACUUAGUAACUCGAGUCCAACAAGGAAUAACUGUCAAAGGUGCGGGUGGCGCCGCUAUGAUUCUACUAAACAAUAAAUUUGAUGGGGACACAACUUUCGAAGAGCCACACGUCCUUCCGGCGAUGCAAAUCACUUAUGCCGAUAGCCUUAAGUUAAAAGCAUACCUAAACUCAACUUCGAAUCCCACAGCCACAAUGUCGUUUCAAGGAACUAUUAUCGGUAACAAUCGAGCUCCAGUAGUUGCUACAUUUUCCUCAAGGGGUCCUAGUGUACCGAGCCCUGGAAUUUUGAAGCCCGAUAUUAUCGGUCCUGGAGUUAACAUACUUUCAUCUUGGCCCGCUUCUGUCGACAAUAGUAAAACCGACACAAAGUCUCCGACAUUCAACAUGAUCUCGGGUACAUCAAUGUCGUGCCCGCAUCUCAGUGGUGUUGCAGCAUUGCUCAAAAGCGUGCAUCCUGAUUGGUCGCCAGCCGCCAUCAAGUCCGCAAUUAUGACCACGGCCGAUUCAGUGAACCUCCAAGGCAAUCCAAUAGAGGAUGAACAAUUGCAGCCCGCCAAUGUAUUUGCUAUUGGUUCGGGCCAUGUUAAUCCUUCACGGGCAAAUGAUCCGGGAUUGGUUUACGAUAUCAUGCCUGAUGAUUAUAUCCCUUAUUUGUGUGGCUUGAAUUACACGAACCAAGAAGUCGGCAUUAUUGUUGCACGUAAGGUGGAUUGCUCGAAAGAGAAGACCAUUCCUGAGGCUCAAUUGAACUAUCCAUCAUUUUCGAUAAUAUUUGGAUCAAGUCCUCAAACUUAUACCAGAACAUUGACGAAUGUUGGCAAGGCUAAUUCAUCAUAUGAUGUCGAGAUUGGUUCGCCCGAUGGUGUUAAUGUGAAAGUGGAACCUAAGAAACUCGUGUUUCCGAAGUUGGGCGAUAAAUCGAGCUAUAGUGUGACGUUCACCAGAACAAACAAAGGGGUGAUGAAUAGUAGUACUCAAGGAUUUAUUAGAUGGCAUACAGCCGAAUACUCUGUUAGAAGUCCUAUAGCAGUUGUAUUUCAAAAUUAA